GUAGGAGCCGGCGUGCGGAUGUUCACCCCAUUUCAUUUUCUCGUGGAGCCGGAGGACACGCUGUCUGUCAGAGGCUCUUCUGUCACACUGAACUGCUCUGCGUAUUCUGAACCGCCUCCAAAAAUCGAAUGGAAAAAAGACGGAACGUUUUUGAACUUAGUGUCUGAUGACCGACGCCAGCUUCUCCCGGACGGAUCUUUAUUUAUAAGCAACGUGGUGCAUUCCAAGCACAAUAAACCCGAUGAAGGUUACUACCAGUGUGUGGCCACUGUCGAGAGCCUCGGAACCAUUGUCAGCAGGACAGCCAAGCUCACGGUAGCAGGUCUUCCAAGAUUUACCAGUCAACCAGAGCCCUCUUCUGUUUAUGCUGGAAACAAUGCGGUGCUGAAUUGCGAAGUGAAUGCAGAUUUGGCCCCAUUUGUGAGGUGGGAACAGAACAGACAGCCCCUUCUUCUGGAUGACAGAGUCGUCAAGCUUCCGAGUGGGGCACUGGUCCUCAGCAACGUGACCGAGGGAGACGGAGGCCUUUACCGCUGCGUGAUUGACAGUGGCGGGCCACCCAAGUACAGUGACGAGGCGGAACUGAAAGUUCUCCCAGAGCCUGAGGUGCCGUCAGACUUGGUAUUCCUGAAGCAGCCCUCCUCCUUGGUCAAAGCUGUGGGUCAGAGUGUGGUGCUGCCUUGUGUUGCUUCAGGACUUCCUGCUCCCGUCAUCAGAUGGGUGAAGAAUGAGGAGACACUCGACACGGACAGCUCCGAAAGACUUGUCCUCCUGGCAGGGGGUAUCCUGGAGAUCAGUGCUGUCACUGAGAGUGAUGCUGGGACGUAUUCCUGUGUUGCCGACAGUGGCAAUGAGACAAUUGAGGCCCAAGCAGAGCUCACCGUGCAAGCUCACCCUGAGUUCUUGAAGCGGCCUGCCAGUCUGUACGCUCGCGAGUCUAUGGAUAUCGUGUUUGAGUGUGAGGUGACUGGGAAACCAGCUCCAACUGUAAAGUGGGUCAAAAAUGGGGAUAUGGUGAUCCCAAGUGACUACUUUAAGAUUGUAAAGGAACACAACCUUCAAGUGUUAGGUCUGGUGAAAUCAGAUGAAGGGUUCUAUCAGUGCAUUGCUGAGAACGAUGUUGGGAACGCACAGGCUGGAGCCCAGCUCAUCAUCCUGGAACAUGCACCAGCUACAACGGGACCACUGCCCUCAGCUCCUCGGGAUGUCGUGGCCUCCCUGGUCUCGACCCGCUUCAUCAAGCUAACGUGGCGGACGCCCGCAUCAGACCCUCAAGGAGACAGCCUCACCUACUCUGUGUUCUACACCAAGGAAGGGACUGCCAGAGAACGUGUUGAAAAUACGAGUCGCCCGGGAGAAAUGCAAGUGACCAUUCAGAACCUAAUGCCGGCAACUGUGUACAUCUUCAGAGUCACGGCUCAAAAUAAGCACGGCUCUGGCGAGAGCUCGUCUCCGCUGCGGGUAGAAACGCAGCCGGAAGUCCAGCUCCCCGGCCCAGCACCUAACAUCCGUGCAUACACAACGUCCCCCACCUCCAUCACUGUCACGUGGGAGACACCAGUGUCUGGCAACGGAGACAUUCAGAACUACAAGUUGUACUACAUGGAAAAGGGAAGCGACAAGGAGCAGGACGUUGAUGUUUCGAGUCACUCCUACACCAUGAACGGGUUGAAAAAAUACACCGAGUACACAUUCCGCGUGGUGGCCUACAAUAAGCACGGUCCGGGAGUGUCCACGGAAGAUGUCGCCAUCCGAACGCUGUCAGACGUCCCCAGUGCCGCUCCUCAGAAUCUGUCCUUAGAAGUGAGAAAUUCCAAGAGUAUCCUGGUUCACUGGCAGCCCCCUCCCCCCGCCACGCAAAAUGGGCUGAUUUCUGGCUACAAGAUUCGCUAUCGAAAAGCCUCCAGAAAGAGUGAUGUCACGGAGAUCCUGGCCGCGGGGACGCAGCUGUCCCAACUGGUUGAAGGUCUUGAUCGGGGGACCGAGUACAACUUCCGAGUGGCUGCUCUAACCGUCAAUGGCACGGGCCCGGCGACCGACUGGCUGUCGGCUGAGACCUUUGAAAGUGACCUGGAUGAAACUCGUGUCCCAGAUGUGCCAAGCUCGCUUCAUGUCCGUCCCCUGGUCACUAGCAUUGUCGUGAGCUGGACACCCCCUGAGAAUCAGAACAUUGUGGUCAGAGGUUAUGCCAUCGGCUACGGCAUCGGCAGCCCUCACGCCCAGACCAUCAAGGUGGACUAUAAACAACGCUAUUAUACCAUUGAAAAUCUCGAUCCCAACUCCCACUACGUGAUUACGCUGAAAGCCUUUAACCACGUGGGCGAAGGCAUCCCUCUGUAUGAGAGCGCCGUGACCAGGCCCCACACAGACACUUCUGAGGUUGAUUUAUUUGUUAUUAAUGCUCCAUACACCCCAGUGCCAGAUCCCACCCCCAUGAUGCCACCCGUGGGAGUUCAGGCUUCCAUCCUGAGUCACGACACCAUCAGGGUCACCUGGGCCGACAACUCGCUGCCCAAACACCAGAAGAUCACAGACUCCCGCUACUACACGAUCCGGUGGAAAACCAACAUCCCAGCCAACACCAAGUAUAAGAAUGCAAAUGCAACAACCCUGAGUUACUUGGUAACUGGUUUAAAGCCAAAUACUCUCUAUGAAUUCUCUGUGAUGGUGACCAAAGGUCGAAGGUCAAGUACGUGGAGUAUGACAGCCCACGGAACCACUUUUGAGUUGGUUCCUACUUCCCCACCGAAGGACGUGACAGUCGUGAGUAAGGAGGGAAAACCUAGAACCAUAAUUGUGAACUGGCAGCCUCCUUCUGAGGCCAACGGCAAAAUUACAGGUUACAUCAUCUAUUACAGCACGGAUGUGAAUGCCGAGAUACACGACUGGGUCAUUGAACCUGUCGUGGGAAACAGGCUGACUCACCAGAUCCAGGAGCUGACUCUAGACACACCGUACUACUUCAAGAUCCAGGCCCGCAACUCCAAGGGCAUGGGACCCAUGUCUGAAGCCGUCCAGUUCAGGACACCCAAAGCGGACUCCUCUGAUAAAAUGCCCAAUGACCAAGCCUCAGGGUCUGCAGGAAAAGGAAGCCGGCUGCCGGACCUGGGAUCCGACUACAAACCUCCAAUGAGCGGCAGCAACAGCCCUCACGGGAGCCCCACGUCCCCACUGGACAGCAACGUGCUGCUGGUGCUCAUCGUCUCCGUGGGCGUCAUCACCAUCGUGGCCGUCGUCAUCAUUGCCGUCUUCUGCACCCGGAGAACCACCUCUCACCAGAAGAAGAAACGCGCCGCCUGCAAGUCAGUGAAUGGCUCCCACAAGUACAAAGGGAACUCGAAGGACGUGAAGCCCCCAGACCUGUGGAUCCAUCACGAGAGGCUAGAGCUGAAGCCCAUCGCCAAGUCUCCAGACCCCAACCCCAUCAUGACGGACACCCCGAUCCCUCGCCACUCUCAAGACACCACCCCCGUGGGCACCUCCUCGGACGGCAGCACCCACCAGAGGCGGAAUUCCUACAGAGGACAUGAAUCAGAAGACAGCAUGUCUACACUGGCUGGCAGGCGGGGCAUGAGACCGAAAAUGAUGAUGCCCUUUGAUUCUCAGCCACCCCAGCCUGUGAUUAGUGCCCAUCCCAUCCAUUCCCUCGAUAACCCUCACCAUCAUUUCCACUCCAGCAGCCUCGCUUCUCCAGCCCGCAGCCAUCUCUACCACCCGGGCAGCCCAUGGCCCGUGGGCACGUCCAUGUCCCUUUCAGACAGGGCCAAUUCCACAGAGUCUGUGCGCAACACGCCCAGCACCGACACCAUGCCAGCCUCCUCGUCCCAGACGUGCUGUGCCGACCACCAGGAUCCAGAAGGUGCCACUAGCUCCUCCUACUUGGCCAGUUCUCAAGAGGAGGACUCAGGCCAGGGCCUUCCCACAGCCCACGUCCGCCCUUCGCACCCACUGAAGAGCUUCGCGGUGCCAGCAGUUCCACCUCCAGGGCCCCCCACCUAUGACCCCGCAUUGCCAAGCACACCGUUACUGUCUCAGCAAGCUCUGAACCACCAUCUUCACGCAGUGAAGACAGCCUCCAUCGGGACUCUGGGAAGGAGCCGGCCUCCUAUGCCCGUGAUUGUUCCCAGUGCCCCCGAAGUGCAGGAGACCACCAGGAUGCUGGAAGACUCCGAGAGUAGCUACGAACCAGAUGAGCUGACCAAAGAGAUGGCCCACCUGGAGGGACUGAUGAAGGACCUGAAUGCCAUCACGACUGCCUGACAGCCCUCCUCAGGCUGGGGCUCGAAGCCGGAGUCAGAGAGGUCGUGGACUUAGCCUGGAGUAAGGACUUGUACAGAGCACGAGGGGACAGCACUUGAGUACGCAGCCUCUGCCCCACACUCUCGGGGGCCGGUCCCACGCCUGGCCACUGCCUUCCCCUGGUCAGCCUGGAGGAAGCCUUCCCUCUGCCUGCUGAUACCAGCAGGACUGGGCACCAUGGGCCAAAAUUCUGCAUCCAGGGAAAAGGCGACAAGCUUUGUGGUCGGGCUGCAUCUUGGUGCUGCAACCACGUCACCCGUGUGGAGUAUAGACAUUGGCGUUGAUGUAUGAUUUUUAUUUUAUUUUACCUUCAAGAAGAGAGAAGUGAUCCACAAACCCAAGGACAUCCGUGGAGUUCUCUGCAAGUGGUUGGCGUUUGACGGCUUGUUCCAGUUCCAUAGGGAAGUCAUUGACCAUGGGGUUGUUCCAGGGGUUGGCUUGUUUUCUGGUUAUUUUUUUAAACUGAGUCAGUGCAUCCUCCAUCAGCUGUUCCCCCAUCCCUUGGAGGGGCACACAUGUUGCAUUACUGUUGGUAAGCUGUUUUAUUAUUUUUUUAUCCUAAUUAUUAUUAAAGGCCUGCCUUCCUCCUCCAACACUGUGAGGCCGUAGAGCUAUCGAGC